AUGGCUCAAGUCCCAGAAGAUUAUGAUUCUGGGCCCGGUGAAGAUGAAGACCUGGAGACUGAGAUACCACCAAAACCUAAGCCUUCUAAAACGGAUGAAGAUGCCGAACCAGACAUCCCGGCAGAGAUACACCCAAAGCCACUUGGAGAGAUUCACCAAGAGCCGCAGCCAGAGGCGGAGGAAGAGAAUUUGAAAGACCAGACGCCAGAAAGUGCUGAGGAUGUACACCCACAACGAAAACCAGCCAGGAUAGGGGAGGAAGAGAUUCGCAAGGAGUCAGAGAUAGAUCUUUCAAAGGAGACUGAGGUAGGGAUUUCCCAAGAGGUAAUAUUGGAGACAUCCAGAGAGAUGAGAAGAGAGUUUGUCAAGGAUUUGGAGGUCCCUAUGGAUGAAAAACAGGAGGAGCCAGACCUAAAGCCACCAGAGGAGACCAAACCAGAAGUUACAGAAGGUGUAUUCAUAGAGCCAGCUCAAGAAACAAAUCUAGAGCUCCCAAAGAAAACCGAGUCUGAGGUUCCAAGAGCCACAAUCAAUGAGACAAGAUUAGAUUUACUAGAGGAGACCAAAGUAGGAGUUCCAGAGGAAUUGCUUAAGGAGCAAAAUGAAGAACCUUCAGAACAGAUCAAACCUGAAUUUCCAAGUAAGAAAUCAAGAAAAGUAAUUGAAGAUAGAGAUCUACGAUCACCAGAGAUGACCGCUCCAGAAUUUCCAGAAGAGACACAAAGAAAGUUAUCUGAGGAGAAAAGCACAGAGCCAUCUGAGCUGACCAAACUGGAGUUUACAGGAGAGAAAACAACAGUGUCUACUGAGGAGGCAGGUCUAGAGCCUCCAGGAGAGGCCAAACCAGAGGUUCCAGAGGAGAUACGAAGAAAGUCGACAGAGGAGAAAGAGAUAGAGCCAUCUGAGCCAACUACACUAGAGUUUCCAAGGGAGAAACCAAGAAAGCCUGGUGAGGAGGCAGGUCUAGAACUUCCACAAGAGACUAAGACAGAGGUUGUAGAGGAUAUAGGAAGAAAACCACCCGAGGAAAAAGGGACAGAGCAGACUAAACCAGAGUUUCCAGGUGAGAAACCAAUUGAGUCUACUGAGGAGACACAAAGAAAGUUAACUGAGUGGGAAGUUCCAGAGCCACCAGAAGAGAUAAAAUCAGAGUUUCCUGAGGAAAAAUCAAGAACACUAAUUGAGAAAACAGGUCUAGAGUCAACAGAAAAGACCAAACCAGAAAUUCAAGAGAGGACAAGAAGGAAGUCAACUACGGAGAAAGUUCUAGAAUCACCAGAAGAUACUGAACCAACAGUUCUAAAAAAUAAGCAAAGAAAAUUAAUUGAGACAGGACUAGCACCACCUAGGAAGUCCAAAUCAGAUGAUAUACUGAGAGAGUCAACUGAAAAGGAAGGUCUAGAGCCUCCAGUACAGUCUUCAUCAUGGAUUCUAAAGGAAGAACCAGAGACCCAAAGUAAAUCAAGUCCUCACUUGUCACUAAAAAUGAGCAAAUCAGAGAUUCAAAAGAAGACACAAAAAGAGCCAACUAAGGAUAAAGAUGUAGAGUUACCAGAUAAAGCCAAACCACUAUAUGGACGAGAGACACGUGAAAAAUUAAACAAGGAAGAUAGGCCAGAACAAAUCAAAUUUAAGCAUUUUGCAGAUGAAGACAAGCUGUUGGAUCCCCACUAUAAAAUAAAGUCAUUAGUAAAAGGAACUAAAAGAAUUACUAAACAGCUAGGCUCUUUCAUAGUAACAGAAGUAGAGACAAUAAAUAUAGAUGAUGAUUUUUCAAAAGAACACCCAGUACAGUAUGAGCAUACUGAUACCAGUAAGGACUUAGAUGAGUCCGAGUUUCUGAGGGAUUUAAGAGAGUCAUGGAGUGAAAAAGCUGUAGAUUUGCCCCCAGAGUUGGAGGAUGAUUUGCCCCCAGAGUUGGCCGAGCAAAAUGAAAGGCCUGAGCUACAAUUUGAACAUCUUAACUGGAGCCCAGAAAAAGUUGCAGAGUGGAUUAGCGAGUUAGGCUUCCCUCAAUACAAGGAGUGUUUUACCACAAACUUCAUCAGUGGCCGAAAACUCAUCCAUGUAAACUGCUCAAACCUCCCUCAGAUAGGGAUAACAGAUUUUGAAGACAUGAAGGUAAUUUCUCGGCACACGCGGGAGCUACUGGGAUUUGAAGAACCAUUAUUUCAACGCUCCAUCCGACUUCCCUAUAGGGACAAUAUUGGCUUAUUUUUAGAACAAAAAGGUCAUUCUGGGGAAAAAUCUGAUUCCUUGACCUAUUCUGAAUUUGUGCAAACAGCAGGAUUACAAGAUUAUGAGCCACAAAUAACCGCCCCUGAGGAGUAUUAG